GGUCGCCAUGGAAACUGCGUUACGCUCCAGGCGGCCGAGGGAGAGAAAACAAGAGCGCGAGGAGUCGUUCCACUCCUCAUUUCAGCACCACGCGCCUCCGGGACAGCGCCCGAAUGAACUCGCGCGUAGAUUCGAGCGUCGCGUGCCUUACAAGGGACAGAGCCGAGUCAGCACCAAGUCCGACCGAAGUGGAGUGAGACAUUAGAAAACAAACAAACACACACACACACACACACACACACACACGAACUUCUCCGAACCUGUAGCUCGGUGGACGCUGAAGGUUUUAACUCCACCCGCGAGCCAGGAGCCAGUCGCUCCCUCCAACAACACAGCAACAGGGCAAGAAGCAUGUCUGAGAAGAAACCCAGCCAGCGGUUUCACAGCCUGAACUCAGAGCAGGUGGAGGUGCUGCAUCAGGUGCUUUCAGAAGUGGUGCCCAUUCACGGCCGUGGGAACUUCCCCACGCUGGAGCUGCGACCCCGUGAUAUCAUCAUAGCGGUGCGGGCCAGGCUGCAGAAGCAGGGAAUCACGGUCAGAGAUGUCCGACUGAACGGCUCCACGGCCAGCCAUGUCCUGGUUCGGGACAAUGGGACGAGCUACAAAGAUCUGGACAUCAUCUUCGGAGUGGAACUGCCGAGCCAAGAGGAGUUCCAGGUCAUCAAAGAGUCAGUGCUGGGCUGCUUGCUGGACUGCCUGCCCGUCGGGGUCAACAGGGAGCGGAUCAGCAGCGCCACAAUGAAGGAGGCCUAUGUUCAGAAAAUGGUCAAAGUUUUCAACGAACACGACCGCUGGAGUCUUAUCUCGCUGUCGAACAACAGUGGCAAAAACCUCGAGCUCAAAUUCGUGAGUGCCCUUCGGCGGCAGUUUGAGUUCAGCGUUGACUCCUUCCAGAUCAUUCUGGACCGACUCCUAGAGUCCUACAUGCAUCCCUCUCAAGCAUCGGAUUUAGUGCCUGCAGUUGAGGUCUUGGCAGAGAGCAUGUAUGGGGACUUUGAGGCAGCAAUGGACCACCUACGCUAUCGGCUGAUUGCAACCAGAAACCCUGAAGAGAUCAGAGGUGGCGGUUUGUUGAAAUACAGCAACCUGCUGGUCAGAGACUACCGGCCAGCCAGCGAGACUCAGAUAAAGACGCUGGAGCGUUACAUGUGCUCGCGCUUUUUCAUCGACUUCCCCGACGUGCAGGAGCAGCAGAGGAAAAUUCUGUCCUACUUGAAGAACCACUUCAUCGGCGAGGAGAGGAGUAAGUACCAGUACCUGAUGACCCUCCGCCGGGUCAUAGACGACAGCACGGUGUGCCUGAUGGGACACGAACGGCGUCAGACUCUGAACAUGAUCACAGUUCUUGCUCUGAAGGUUCUGGGCGAACAGAACAUCAUACCCAACACAGACCAUGUGACGUGCUUCUACCAGCCAGCCCCAUACCUUGCUGAGCACACAGCCCCCUAUCUGGCAGAGCCUAGCUACUGCAGCUACUACAUACCACAAGGGGGAUCGACUCUGCUGUACCAACCUUACCCUUUACACCUCCAUCCACAGACUGGACUAGUCUGAGACAGUGUGGCAUAAAAAAAAACACACAAAAGAUUGAGGGGAUGGCGCUCACCACGAGGGAAGAACUGGAGAAUGGAAAACUAAUCCAGGGAUGAACUGUUUGGUCUAUAAUAGACCUGUGUGGGUGGAAUUGAGUGGGUUUCACAGUAAACUUCUUGAGAACUCUAUAAGGUUCUAACAUGAUUAUAUGUAAUUAUAUACGGGCUUUGCGGGAAAAUAAUAAUUCUUCCGAUAUUGUUCAAAUUCCAGAAAAUGCCGUAUGCACUGCAUGAGUCAUAGGUCUUUGGUCUCCCUGGGAAACCAACUGUGCUGUUGACAUUCACACACAUCCAAACACACAUGUCGGUGUGUGCGUGCACGCCGACAUGUGGACACACACACACACACACACACACACACACACACUUCCAGGGUCUUAAAUUGUUGUUCACUCCUUUCAUGUUCUACUGUGUUGUUCUUAAUGCGUUUGUUCAGAAUGUGGACCUUGCCUGUGGUUGAUAUUGUGCAUGGAUACAUUAGGACUGUUUUUUCACUGCCAAAUACUGUGUGACUACUAUGCUUCUCAGACAGUUUUAUGUAACUUUGUCAGUCCUUUACAGAAGGGAUGUGCGUGACGGGGCGGCCAGUGUGCACAGUGUUUUCAUGAGAGGAUGAAACACUGUAACGCGCUCAAUGUUAAGCGAUGCAUGAGUAGCUUAAUAGAUCACAUUUAAAGUCAAUUAAAGACGUUUAAUUUAUUAGAAACUGAUCUAUUUUUGCAAGACUUUCCGAGAUUAAAAAUACUGGUUAGUUCCAAAAGAGAAAUGCCAACAACAAUGCCUUUGGUGUAGACUGUACAGCAUAUCGGUUACAGUAUUUCUUGUGCAAAUACAAUGAAUUGUUUUCAGGUAAACUGUGUUACAAUGUAGUGCUCGUUUCCUUUUCCCUUGUGGAGUUCUUUCUGUAACCAUGUGAGUUAUCGUACCCUCUUGUGUUGAUUUAAAUAUUGUUCAAGUUUACUCAGUGGAGGUUGCCAUGUUAUAACCAUCUUUGGGUCAUCUUCAAACAAGGCAGGUACGGAAGAUCUGCCGAAGCGAAAGAACCUUUUUGCGUAUACUUGCAUGAUUGCUGUCUGAUUGCACCAUAACCAACACUGAUUGAGUUCAGACAGCCCUUUUGAACCUGCGCAACAGCAACUCUGGCCAAAGAUGGUUUGGUUUGGAAAACAAGUGCCUAAAUGUGAGACAUCGUCGGCAUGUCUUUAUCUUACUGCACUGUGGGUGUUCGAGGGGGUGGGACCAGGGCUAGGCUGGGUCUAUGUUUAGCUGUUUGACCCCUGUUACUGCUGCCCAUUUUGAUGUCUUCUUUAAUGUAGUCCUUUGUUGUAUUUUAUUUGUGUAUGUUUUGAUAAAAUAAAGAAAAAAAAAAAGUAAACCUCAA